CUUGAAACCAGUUGACAAACAGGGCGUGAUUCUUGACCUAAUCCUCAUUUCUCCAGAAUAGUCCAGAAUCGUAGAGAGGUUCCUGGAAGGAUGGUUUAGAAAUUUGAUUUGAUAAGAGAACAGCCUUUGCUUCAGUAUAUAUAUACGGUGGUCAGGCGUCUGGCAAAGAGCUUCACAUCACUUUGUUGGAUCGACUCUGCAUCUUCUCAUCUGUAAUGGCCAAAGACGGACCCGAUUGGGAUGGAUUACUCAAAUGGAGCCUCGCUCAUUCCGAUGGAACUCGUCCUCCUCGUAACCUAAGUGAGGAGGAGCGAAAAUGGUUUAUGGAAGCUAUGCAAGCCCAGAGUGUUGAUGUUGUUAAGCGAAUGAAAGAAAUCACCCUUGUUAUGCAAACUCCAGAGCAAGUUUUGGAGGCUCAAGGAGUUACUUCUGCAGAUAUUGAAGAUAUGUUAGAUGAGUUACAAGAGCAUGUGGAGUCUAUUGACAUGGCUAAUGAUCUGCACUCUAUUGGUGGUUUGGUUCCUCUCCUGGGUUACCUGAAGAACUCUCAUUCUGGCAUUCGAGCAAAGGCUGCAGAGGUUAUAACAACCAUUGUCCAGAACAACCCAAGGAGUCAACAGCUGGUAAUGGAAGCAAAUGGCUUUGAGCCUCUCCUCUUUAACUUCACUUCAGACCCUGAUAUAACUGUUCGAACUAAAGCACUUGGUGCAAUAGCUUCUUUAAUUCGUCACAACAAGCCAGGCAUUGCUGCUUUUCGACUCGCAAAUGGUUAUGCGGCUUUGAGAGAUGCUUUGGGUUCUGAGAGUGUGAGAUUCCAAAGGAAAGCCUUGAAUUUGAUCCAUUACCUACUACAUGAGAAUAGUUCGGACUGCAAUGUAGUAAGUGAGCUGGGAUUCCCUCGCAUAAUGAUGCAUCUUGCAUCCAGUGAUGAUUCCGAGGUACGAGAAGCUGCCCUUCGAGGCCUUCUUGAGCUUGCUCAAGACAAGACAAGUGGAGGCAGUGAUGGUUUAGGCGAAGAAGAUGAGAAAUUGAAGCAACUUCUUCAAGAAAGGAUUAAAGGUAUCAGCUUAAUGUCACCUGAGGAUCUUGGGGCUGCUAGGGAAGAGAGACACCUUGUGGACUCGCUCUGGAAUGCCUGCUACAAUGAGCCAUCUUCUCUUCGUGGGGAGGGGCUUGUUGUUCUUCCUGGGGAUGAUGCACCCCCGCCUGAUGUUGCCAGCAAGCAUUUUGAACCUCCUCUUAGAGCUUGGGCUGCAAACCAAGAAGCUAAUAGAGCUCCUGGUACUGAAAAGAAGGAAGCCGCUCCUCUCCUGUUGGGAUUUAGCCCUCAACAGCCUGAAACACCUCAUGUCCAAAGCAGUUCAAGUGGAGGUGAGGAUGCUGGACAGAGGAGUACUCCAAGGUGAACCUGUAACACAGUGCUGACAGUUUUAAAGGUGUUGCAAGGAAUUUCUCCUAUUUUCAGCAUGUCGUAUAUUUCUGAAUUGUCUGAUGCAUUUUUAGUUUUAUUGUGUUUGCCAUCUCAUUUUAGUAAAAUUAGAUGGUGUGCGCUUGAGAUUUUGCAAUAGGUUGUCUUAAGAAGAGGGGAAUUUCUAUAUUUUAUGUAUGAAAUGGCAGGGAUUCCAGAAUUUUAAUGAUGUAAAA